AUGAAAGUGCCGAAAUCGAUCAGAUUUUUGACCAAAAAAGGAAAAGACAAGGAAGAAAAAGAGCUGAGGAAAUGGAAUUCGAAUCCUGAUUUGAAAAAUGAAGCAGUUAUUGAUGGAAAUCCAAAAGAAGAAAAUCAAGGGGACAUACAAGCAUUCAAAAGUGACUCAUACUUACUGAUCAAAUGUUCGAUAUUCACUUAUUCGAUAUUUAAUAUUGCAUUUGGAACGAUUUACGAUUUUCUCAAAUAA